AUGUUGGACCCCAAAUGGGACAGGAAACGGACUCGAGAAUUUAUAGAAUCAGAUUUUUCAGAAAGUAAGAGAAGCAAAAAAGGAGAUAAAAAUGGGAAGGGUCUCAGGCAUUUUUCAAUGAAAGUAUGUGAAAAAGUUCAACGUAAAGGAACAACUUCGUACAAUGAAGUCGCUGAUGAGCUGGUAUCAGAAUUCACAAAUUCUAACAGCCACCUAGCUACAGAUUCGGCUUAUGAUCAGAAAAAUAUUAGACGGAGAGUUUACGAUGCCCUUAAUGUCCUGAUGGCAAUGAACAUAAUUUCAAAGGAGAAGAAGGAAAUCAGAUGGAUCGGCCUUCCUACAAACUCAGCUCAGGAAUGUCAGAAUCUAGAGAUAGAAAAACAGAAGCGGAUUGAAAGGAUAAAACAGAAGCGAGCCCAACUACAAGAACUGCUGCUGCAGCAAAUAGCAUUCAAAAACUUGGUACAAAGAAAUCAGCAGAAUGAACAACAAAAUCAAGGCCCUCCAGCUUUGAACUCAACAAUACAGCUGCCUUUCUUAAUAGUCAACACUAGCAAAAGAACAGUUAUAGACUGCAGCAUAUCAAGUGAUAAAUUUGAAUACCUCUUUAAUUUCGAUAACGCUUUUGAGAUUCAUGACGACAGUGAGGUGCUGAAGAGAAUGGGAAUGUCCUUUGGGCUUGAGGCAGGCAAAUGCUCAGCUGAGGACCUAAGGACUGCAAAAUCACUGGUGCCAAAAGCUUUAGAAGGCUACAUCACAGAUAUGUCUACAGGAUUUUCAUGGAUAAACCAAGGGUUCCUUUCAAGUUCAGCACAAGCAGUUUCCCAUUUAGAGAUAGCAGGAGGCACUUCUGAUACUAAAUCAAGCGAGAAUCCAGGGUUGUGUCUGGAUGCUGAAGUGGCCUUAGCAACUGGGCAGUUUCUUGCCCCUAGCAGUCAACAGUCCAGCAGUGCAACAUCACGCUACUCCGAAUCACGGGGAGAAACUCCAUGCUCAUUCAAUGAUGAAGACGAAGAAGAUGAAGAUGAGGAUUCUUCUGCCCCAGAAUAAGGACAGUAGAAAACAGAACAUACAAAAUGCUGCUCAAGAAUAUUCUUAAUGGGAGCUCCUGUUUGGAUUUUACUUAAGUUUCUUGCCUUGGUUUGCACUGUGUUUGGUGAAGCACAAUGGAAGCUUCCAAACAAAUUCAUCCACAGCUGAAAUUGAAAACUUUUUGUAACUGAACAGUGCAGUGACAUGCAGACACAGAGCAAAGUGGUUUUUAUCAACUAUAACCAAGGAAAAGAACCAAGUCCCUGGAGAUCUGGAAAAGUAAACAUCAAGUUCACAUUUUCCUUUUUGGGACAUUCUGUCUCAGGUCUCUGUCUUCCCUUUAUCUUUACCAGAUGG